UCGAAACUCUGAAAUAUUCGAUUCUCUCACCCUACUAAAAAUUCGAAUCUUUCAAACAUCUGAAGUAAAAAAUGCCUAGAAUGAGAGGUGUGUUUGGUCAAAUUAUUCGCAACUUGAUAGGUGACAUAGGUGAUGGUGUAGAGAGAAUUCCACCAACAGCAUCAAACAAACGACGCAACGAAGCAAAUCGUCCAAUUAGGCAGCGUCGUCGAAGACAAGAGGAGGUCCAUGAUGAUGAUGUCGAGUCCACUGAGCAGGAGGAGGAUGUCCCUCAGCCUCCACAGAUGGAGUAGGUCGCUGAUGAUAUUCAUGAUACUUCUGCACAUGCUGAUGAUGCUGAUGAGUCGGAUGAUGCUGCUGAUAUUGAUGAUCAGGAUCAGCAGACCGAAUUUCCCGGAGGACCGACGGUGACAUGUGUGUUAACACAGUACGAGCAUCACGUGGCUCGGAGACUAUGGGAAAGAGAGGAUCGUGGAUCAUUAAAAGUAAUUACUCACGGAUUAAAAUUGAAGAAGUUUGCUGAAGUUUCUAUGCCAGCUCCUGUAGAGCAUUGGAUUCAGGAAUCUGGGCUGAUGCAUCUAUCUUCAGGCUACCUCAUUAUGGCUGAUGCUGGUCUUAUAUUCGCAUUUGUUGAAAGAUGGCAUAGAGAGACCAGCUCAUUUCAUCUGCCAUUUGGAGAGAUGACUAUCACCUUAGACGAGGUUGCUACUCUCCUUCACAUCUCACCACAUGGUAAUUUUUUUUGAUGCACCUAUGAAUACUAAUAAUGCUGCAAGAGCUGCACAUGAGUACUUAGGUGCAACAUGGGAGGAAGCAUGUGCUAAGAUUAGUUAUAACAAAUGUGCCCCAUAUAGAUUGCAAUAGUUGUGUGAUUUAUAUAGUCGUCUCAUUCAAACUAAUCAGUUUGAGUGUGCGGCUAGAACGUAUCUAUUGCAUUUAGUUGGUUGCACUAUUUUCGCCGAUAAAACACAUACGCGUGUUGAUGCGAAAUACAUUACUCUUUUUAUUGAUUUACAUCGUUGUUGAGGCUACUCGUGGGCUUCUGCGGCAUUGGUUUUCCUUUAUGACAACCUGGGAGAUGGAGUUGUCCACGACACUCGACAGGUGGGAGGUUACAUGACCCUACUACAGUGUUGGAUUUACGAGCACUUCCCUAGGAUCUGUAAGCGGGGUGAUAGAGGAGUGGUUCCUGCACAUCUUCCAAGAGCAUGUAGGUGGACUGCAAAACAUGUUGUUGAAGGAUAUCUUCGAUGUGGUGGAGUCUCAGUCCCAUAUUUGCCAGAGCGAUGUCUUCGACAGUUUGGUCGUAUUCAGUGCAUUCUGCGUGACGUUCCUCCGAUGUCGGACAUUAUAGAUUGGGUCUGGCAGAGUACUAUGAGAUCAUCUGUAGAGACCUUUCAGAGACUAUAUCCUGUUGCGACUUUUUCUAUAGAGGUCACUGCAGACUACUAUGCAUGGUAUAUUAGUGUUUCACAUCCUCUGAUUCUCCCUCCAUCCACUGUUGCACUUUCGAGUCCACAUACUAUUGUUGCUACACAUGCUGGUCCAUCAUCUUCUGCACAUGUUGGUAGAGACCGUAGAGACCGUAGAGCAGCUGAGUUUGCACAUAUGGCCUUAGAUAUGGUAAGACCAUUUAGUGAGAUUCAUGAGAUAUUAAGUGAAUUAUGCCGCUUGUAUGACGAUUAGUUAUUGUGUUAUUGUGCUAUGUAUGCCCGAAUAUUUAAUCGAUAAUUUUAUA